CCGGUGCUGCCCUGCCCCCGCCGGCCGGGAGUGCGCAGCUCGCCGAGGCGGAGGACGGGCGGGGCUGUGUGUGCGCGCCUCAGCUCUGAGAUGCUUUAUGCUGAAAAUGAAGUAAAGCUCUUGGAAUGUCAGGAUGACAUCACAGUUGAACCAUGUUCUAAAAAAGUGAAAUCUACAGAAGGAGCUUAUGAGAAACUCCCUGAUGAUGAUAACCAAGGUAUUAAAGAGGAAAUGGAUGAUGAGAGAACAUCAGAUGAUUUGAUGCCGGUAGAUGCCUUAGAUAACGAAAGACAACGUGAAAUGCAAAAGCAAGACAAAAUACCUACUGGUGCAUUGAGAACAGUGAAUGAAGUGCUCCCUGACUAUAAUCUAGUGCUUAAUCUGCCAAUUGAUAGAGAAACUGUGCACAAUGUAAAUCCUCCAGUUGCAUCAAUAAAUGACACUGAAGUUGAAGAAAAUAAAGACCCUUUUAUUACAGAUAAUGCUAGUAAAGAUAAUAAGAGAAAUAGCAAUAUAUCAUUCUCAAUAAAGAGAAAUGCAUCAGAUGAAGAGUUUUUUACAAGCAAAGAAUUUAUAGGACCAAUUUACAAGCCUGCCAAUAGCAACAAACAGGAAGAAUCUGGGAGUUGCAAUGAAGGUAGUAGCAGUGGGGGAGAUCAGAACAAAUUGCAUGAAAAGAGAUCUAAAAGAAAGGAGGCAAAUAAGUUGCAGACUAUUUCUUCUGCUGUACCAGAAAUAGAUGAUGAACUGGACCAGUUCUAUAAAGAAAUUUACCAGUUGGAAAGUGAAAAUUUAGAUACUGCUAUUCAGGAAAAAGAAAUAGAAACUUCUCAGGAACAACAUUCGCCAUAUAACUGUAGUCAAACCUCACAAGAGGAUUAUCAACAUGCAUUGUUGGGCAGCCCACAACCGUUUUACGAGACUGGAGGUUGUUUCUCUGGGGAGCAGAAAACUGAGAAAACAAACAAUGAGCAGCAGUUUCUCCUGGAAACAAGUGGCUGGAAAACUGAAAAUACCCUUGAUGGACAAGCACAUUCUAGAUACUGGAACUACUCAGUGCCUGAAUUCAGACCUGCUUGGCAGUCAGCAGAGUCUUUCAUAGUACCUCAGGGUCCUCUUGCUCCUAGAUUCAACCAUCAGCCUCAUUUUCAGAUACUUAAUUACCCACCAGAAAAAACAAAUGCGCUCCCUUCUCACAAUGGUGAACUUUUAAACAAAAAUUAUCAUGGUUACCAUGGACAUACUAACAUCAACGAUCAUGGUCCAUUGCUUGAUCAAAGUACCAACUAUACUGAUAUCCAUACUACUCAGGUCUUCAGAAAUGGAAAUAACGAACAGAACAGACUCCAAAAUAAUGGUUUCUGUGAAACCAGAGACGAGUGUUGGAAGGAUCCAAAAGCUGACAAUACAGAAGGAAUACACAGCUUUUCUUCCUUGCAGUUACCCGAAGAAAGAUUUGGUUGUUCACAGAAAUGGCUUCUAAUCUUAAGAGGCCUCCCUGGUUCAGGGAAAUCAACACUUUCUCGUAUUCUGCUUGGUCAAAGCCAUGAUGGCAUUGUAUUCAGCACUGAUGAUUAUUUUCGUCAGCAAGAUGGAUAUACAUACAAUGCUGCUCAGCUUGGUGAUGCCCAUGACUGGAACCAGAAGAGAGCAAAACAAGCAAUGGAGCAAGGAAAAUCUCCAGUUAUAAUAGACAACACUAAUACUCAAGCCUGGGAAAUGAAGCCAUAUGUGGAAGUGGCUCUGGAAAAGGGGUACAGAGUGGAGUUCCAUGAGCCAGAUACUUGGUGGAAGUUUGAUCCUGAAGAAUUAGAAAAGAGGAAUAAACAUGGGGUCACUCGUGAGAAGAUUGCUCAGAUGUUGGAACGAUACGAAUAUCAAAUAUCCAUACCUAUUGUCAUGAAUUCAGUGGUACCUCCCCACAAAAACACUCAAAGGCCACCUCUGCAGCGAAGACAUAGGGAGAAAAUUUUAAAGAAGAACUGUGGGCACUUAGGGACAAAUGGAAAGCAGAGGAAAAAGCGACAAAGAAACAACAAAAUGAAAGGUCAUAAUACAGAAAUUACAAGGAAAAAGUUAGGUGGAGCAGUUCAUCAUCCACUUCCAGAUGACCCGGACACAUUGGAAAGUGAAGAGGAUGAUUCAGAAGAAGAAAACAGCAAAUCAUUGUGCACCUUCAGUGAAGGUCCAGAGGAUCCAGCAACAGUUUGUGAAGAGCAGGUUAAUAAUGAUGAUGAAAGUCUAAAAGAAGCUGCUGUAGUUUCAAAAGAAAAGUUUUCAGUCACUGUGUUUGAGGUCCCCAUGAUGUCACACAGUGCACUGAAAAAUGAAUUGCCUGUAGAAAGUGACAGUUCACUUCUAAUAGCUGUAGAAUCUUGUUCUACUGAAAACCUAACAAAAAACCUGUUCAGUGAUGAGGAAACAAAUCAAAAGCACAAAGAAAUUCUUCACAGAAGCAGUUUCCUAAAAAUAAGCAAGGAUAAAAAUUCUAUCCAGGAAACAGAAGGCAUUUCUGAAGAUGAUAACAGGCCAAUGUUAAGCGCAGAAAACAAACUCAGAUCGUAUCAAGUUACAUGUGACCCUGAUGUGGAAGCUAAGCUUUUCAGUUUAAACAGUGAAGAAAAAGAAAUCUCUCAGUGUUACAUUUCAAACAUAUGUGAUACUGUGCCUGAUACAGAGGACAAAAGAGCAUUAAAAGGAGAAGAGAAUAGUUCUAAUGCUUGGGCUUUUUUUCCAAUUAAUUUACCUACAGAAGAAUUGCAGCAGGGCUUUGAUACACAAGUUUCUAUCUCUUCUUGGUCUGAGGAUAAAUUUGUAUGUGAACAGAAACCCAAAAAAAUGAGGCAACCUAAACAGACUCAUUCUAACAGUUCAACACAGCUGAACUGCUGUUGGUCAAAUGAAGGAUUGGUAAAGGAAAGCCAUUGGGUAGCAGUAACUGAGGAAGCUGGUAAUGCAAUUAGCAAUGGUCUGUCAGCAUCUCCAGCUGGUGAAGUGCUCUUUGAUUCCCUUGGAGAAGCUGGGGCCACCUUCAUGCAGCAUUUGAGUGAAGCAAAUGUUCCAAGAAAGGAUGCUGCACCAACUACAUCAAAGAGGAAAGGAUGCAGAAGAAUUGUCAACUUAGCACCAAAGUUUAAUCUCCCAAGACAGAUUGCUGGUAGUACGGAAGGGGAGAAAGAAGUCCUAGUAAAAGAUGAUGUUCCUCAAAAAAGUGUUUUGGAAGUGGAGCAAAAGAGCUUUCUAAGCGAGGUCUGUGGAGGGGAGCAUGAGCAGAACUGUGCAUUGCAGGAAUAUUCUGCACCUUACAGUGGCACUGAGGCAACCUAUUCCUUACCCACCCCAGAUGCAGAUGCUCUGUUACAUGAUAUUUCUUACACUCAUUCAGGACAAUCUUCUCCUAUGCCAAAAUAUUCCUGCAGGGCUUGUAUAGUUUCCAGGAGAAAGGUGGAGCAAGAUAGAACUUCUAAGCAGCAACAGGUACUUGAUAAGAAAGAAGGCAAGACUGAACAUGUUUCUUCAGAGGUUACAAAUAGCCAGCCAGAUAUUUUAUCUUCUGUUAAAGCUGUUUCUGAAGACCCAGAAGAUUCUAGUACCUUGACAAGCUGUGGUGAAAAUGUGCACGAAGCAGAUGAUCCAGAGCCAGCAGAGGUCUCACAAUUUGAAGAUAGUCAAGAUGUGAAUGUGAAAUGUAGUUUUCUAGGACUUCCCUUGUCAUUGGCAUUUGCUUUUCAGCUUGUGCAGCUUUUUGGUUCUCCAGGUCUUCCACUGGAGUCCUUGUUGCCAGAUGAUUAUGUAGUUCCUCUUGACUGGAAAGUUUCAAAGAUGAUCUAUUUACUGUGGAAGACCUCUGUGGAGGAAAAACAGAAAACAAAUGAAUUGCAGAAUGGAAAGGCCUUGGCUGAUGAUAUUAAUCUUGAAGAUCUAAAUAAAAAAUGCCAAGAAAACCAGGACUCUUCUGAAACACAUCCAGAAAGGGAGCAGUUUCAAGGGGUGAUAGAGGAGAACAUCGUGACCUGCCCCAGUGUUGACUGUCGUGACUGA